AUGCUCGUGCAACUCAGGGCUUCGACUGCUCGCUCGGCCGCCUCGGCCAUCACCCGCGUCGCCAGGGUGAACGCCGUCCGAGGAUUCAUCGCCCCGACCGUUUCGCGACGAGCCGAUUUCGUCCAGGAGCUCUACCUCAAGGAGCUGAAGGCCUACAAGCCCACCCCCGUCAAGGACUCGGACGCCGUCGGCCAGGUCCAGACCUUCACCACCCCCAAGACCCCCAAGUCGCCCGAGGAGGCCGACCUUGCCAACAGCCUGAAGGAGUACGAGAGCAUGGCCGUCGAGGUCGAGGGUCAGGAGACCGUCGCUCCCGGCUCCGCCCCCGCUGCCGUCGAGGACUGGUUGGUCGAGGAGGACGAGGAGGAGCCCGCGCACCACUAA